AUGCCUUCCCACUUCGAUACCCUUCAGCUUCACGCUGGCCAGCAGCUUGAAAAGCCUCACAGAGCAAGAGCUCCUCCUAUCUAUGCUACUACUUCGUAUGUCUUUGAUGACUCCAAGCACGGCGCCCAAUUGUUUGGUUUGGAGACCCCAGGUAUGAUCUACUCCAGAAUCAUGAACCCAACCAACGACGUGUUUGAACAAAGAAUUGCUGCCCUUGAAGGCGGUGUUGGAGCCUUGGCUACUUCUUCUGGUCAAUCUGCCCAGUUCUUGGCCAUUGCUGGUUUGGCUCACGCCGGUGACAACGUUUUGUCCACCUCGUACUUGUAUGGAGGUACCUACAACCAGUUUAAGGUAGCCUUCAAGCGUUUGGGAAUCGAAGCCAGAUUUGUCAACGGUGACAGCGCUGAAGACUUUGCCAAGUUGAUCGACGACAAGACCAAGGCUAUCUACAUUGAGUCUAUUGGUAACCCCAAAUACAACGUUCCUGAUUUUGAAAAGAUUGCCAAGUUGGCUCACGACAACGGUAUUCCUCUCGUUGUUGACAACACCUUCGCUGCAGGUGGUUUCUUGAUCAACCCUUUCAAACACGGUGCUGACAUCAUUGUCCACUCUGCUACCAAGUGGAUUGGAGGACACGGUACCACCAUUGCUGGUGUCAUUGUCGACUCUGGUAAAUUCCCUUGGAAGAAGUACCCUAAGAAGUACCCUCAAUUCUCUGAACCUUCUGAGGGUUACCAUGGCUUGAUUUUGAACGACGCCUUGGGUGAACAAGCCUUCAUUGGCCACGCCAGAAUCGAGUUGUUGAGAGACUUGGGUCCAGCUUUGAACCCAUUCGGUUCCUUCUUGUUGUUGCAGGGUUUGGAAACCUUGUCUUUGCGUGUAGAAAGACAAUCUUACAAUGCUCUCAAGCUUGCCCAGUACUUGGAAAAGUCGCCAUACGUUUCCUGGGUUUCGUACUUGGGUUUGCCUUCUCACGAAAGCUACGAGCUUUCUAAGAAGUACUUGAACAACCCUGACCUUGCUGGUGGUGCUUUGUCCUUCGGUGUCAAGCCUUUGGAAGGCACUAAGUCCGAUGAUCCAUUCCAGGCUGCUUCUCCAAGGGUUGUCGACAACUUGGAAAUCGCCUCCAACUUGGCCAACGUCGGUGACUCAAAGACUUUAGUCAUUGCUCCUUACUACACCACCCACCAGCAAUUGUCGGAAAGCGAGAAGGUUAACUCUGGUGUCACCGAAGACUUGAUCAGAGUCUCCAUCGGUACUGAGUUCAUUGACGACAUCAUUGCUGACUUUGAAAAGGCCUUCAAGACCGUCUACGGUGCCUAG